UUCAGGAUGAGGUGUUGCAGGGUCGGUCUGCUGGUCUGUCUGACUUUACUCCUGCACAGUGGAGAGGCCAAAGUGCUCACUGAAUCACAGUCCGGGCCCCUGUAUCGUGUGUUGGGCGCUUCACUCUCCAUCUCCUGCAAUGUCAGCGGCUUUGCAGACGACAGCACUCCAAAGAAAUUCGAGUUCCGUGUCACGAAGCCCAAAAAUCCAACAUUCCAGAUCAACAUCAUCAGUUCUUCUGAUGAAAGCUUUGCGUAUGCCGCAUACAGCCAACGUGUGGCACGCAAGGAGAUUACUCUGAAACAUGUGUCUCCGAACUCCGUCCUCUUUGAGAUCCAGAGCCUGCAGAAAGCUGAUGAAGGCGACUUUGAGUGCAAUGUGGUCAACACAGAAUCUGCUUACGCUGGAACCUACAAUGCAAACACAUUAGUUAAAGUGAUUGACAACUCCUUAAGUGUGUCAUCACCUGUCUCCACAUCACUGAGCCAUAAUGAGGGUGAUGCUCUCACUCUAACGUGCCAAGCCUCCAGCAACACCAUCCAGCACACCCAUCUGUCUUUAGCCUGGCUUCUCCAAAAAGACGGCGAGGAGGACGCUCGGCCGAUCAUUUCUCUGGACAGGGAUUUCACCCUGAUUCCAGGCCCGACAUUUGAAGGGCGUUAUCUUGAUGGACUCAUAAGGUUAGAUAAAAUGGGAGAGGCCACAUAUAGGUUACAUAUGGCAAAGCUUGAGGUGUCAGACCAAGGCAAGAUCUACUGUCAGGCUCAGGAGUGGAUCCAAGAUCCUGACCGCUCCUGGUACUCUAUCACACAGAAGGAUGCAGAGAGCACUGCACUACAUGUCAAAGCCAGAGAGGUGGUGCCAGACACAUCGUCUCUGGUGGUGAGAAUCUCCAUCCAGCAGACAACUCUGCAGGAGGGCCAGGAGCUAUCGCUAUCCUGCAACGUAGACGCUGACAAUCUGGAGAAAAGGUUUCUUUCUGUAAGCUGGCUCCGGGGAAGUGUUGAGCUGGCGCGCAUCGAACCUACAGGCAUUCUGUCUGUGGGGCCCGAGUAUAGUGGCAGAGAGAAAAGAGGCGAGCUGAGGGCCGCCCGGGUCGGGGACAAAGAGUACCGUCUCAGACUGCAGCCUGUCAGAACUGAGGACCACGGAGAAUAUUUCUGUCGGGCAUGGCCUCAGGACAGAGGCCAGGAUGGAGCCUUUACAGCCGGAGAAGCCCAGACUUCCAGCCCCCUGCUGGUCAGCAUCUCCGCAUCAGAAAGUGGGCUCUCAGCUGAAAUGCAAACCUACGUGAGUGUUGACGAAGGUGACAGGCUGAACCUCACCUGUAAAGUGGAUGGGGUUAAGGGUCAACUCUCUGUGACAUGGGAACGUCAGUCCACGUCCAAGUUUGAAAACAUCAUCAGUCUAAGUCAGGAGGGCGUCACGGAGAUAGAGGGGGAGUCAGCGAGUCGCGGAGUGAGGGCAACACGCCCAACGGCCGACACCUUCACUUUAGAGCUGGAUGAGGUCACGCCCUCUGAUUCAGGCAUCUACCAGUGCUCUGUGUCUGAAUGGAAAACAAACAGCAAGAUCCACAGCCAGUCAGCAACGAGCACUGUGACAGUUAGUCCCACAAAGUCAUCUGUGAAACUGAUCAGUCGCAAAACCAGUGUGACUGUUGGAGAAAAUGUGGAGUUGAUGUGCCGGGUCCAAGGUCCACAUGUGCCAACAACUCUGAGUUGGAUCCUGCAGCACGAAGAUGCGACCAUUCAAAACAUCCUUACACUGAAGUGGAAUGGUGAUAUCAGCUGGUCUGGAGACCAGCACGUCUACCAGUUGAGAGUAGUGAACAAACCCAAGGAGGUCACUCAUUAUCUGCUUAUCAAUGGUGCCAGCCCCAGAGAGGCAGGGAAGUACCAGUGUGAGGCAUCUGCCUACAUCCAAAAUUUUCCCAAGAAGCCGCGUCCAUCCAACCAAGUGGCUGUGAUGGUGCAGUACCCAGAGAGCAAACUCAGUCUGACCUCCCCUCCCACUUUGACAAGAAAUAUCAACAGUGACAUAGAAAUAAAGUGCUCAGUUAGCUCAGAGCCCUUUGCAUCCUCUCAAUAUGCCGUAACCUGGCUGCACCAGCAACAGGGAGAAAAUAAGACCAUCGUAAGCUCGGACCGGGAAGCCCUCAUAACAUUUGGGACCCAGGUGGAGCCGAGCGACAGACAACGAAUCAGCAUGAGGCGCAGCAAGGGUCCAAGUUUUGAGUUGACUAUUCGGCAAGCUCAGAUCUCGGACCAUGGCUCGUACAUAUGCCAGGUGGCGGAGUGGCUACAAGAAGCUCGUGGUAACUGGUAUCAGCUCCCGCCAAAGUCCCAAAUCACUGAGCUGAAUCUAAUUGAGCCUGCCAACGAUCUUCGGUUAGAAGUGGUUGGGCCGCAGCAGCUGAUUGCAGGAGAGGGAGACGAGGUGAAACUCAAGUGUAACAUCCUCUCCGGUGCAUUCAGUCCUUCUGUCUUCUACAAAGUUGCCUGGCUCUUCACUGGACACAGUUCCCCCACGACAAAUGUCUCCUUAGUAGAGCUCGAUCACAUGGGUUUGCUGCGGUAUCCUGAGAACGAGCCGCUCAGAGAUCUGCAGGGGCGGCUUCGUCUCGUCCGACCCACACAGAGCAGCUUCCACCUCAGAAUUCAGACGGCCCAUGAGGGGGAUAGUGGGACGUUCCAGUGCCAGGUGGAGCAAUACCAGCUGGAUCGUGAAGGUCACUGGCAGCAAAAGGCCUCAGAGAGCGCUGGUCCUAUCUCGCUGACUGUGAAUGUUGCUGAAAAAAACCUGUCCAUGGUAAAGGAUGAGCAGGAGCUAAAUGUGAGCAGCUCCGGGGACUUCACCAUCCCCUGCCACGUCACUGACCAGCCCAGCGAUGAAUCUGAGUUCCAGGUCACAUGGUUUUGGCAGAAGGAAACAGGAAUUCAAAAACGGCCCAUAUUCGUAGCUUAUCGAAACGCUACCCUACAAGACAUGUUGGUUGGGGGUCGUCAGCUGAGAUUUGGCCACCCUGCACCCAAUCGGUUCAGCCUUACGGUCUCGAAGCCAGCUCCUGAAAACAGCGGCCUGUAUUUCUGCGAGGUAGAGGAGUGGCUGCCCUCUCUGUCUCGUGGAUGGAGGAAGGUCGCGGUGGAAACGUCUGGACACUUGACUGUUAAUGUCUUGACAGAAGGAGAAGGCGCGUUCGAGCCACAAUGCAAGUCAGCUACCUGGAUAGGGAUUCUUGUAGUGCUUGUCAUAGGCUCACUGUUGGUGAUUUCCCUGCUGUUGCUGAAGAUAUGCCGGACCAACGCCUCGGGAGGAAAGAAGUCAGGCAAAUCUCUUUGGGCAGAAGAGCACCAGCUGAAUAGCAAACUCGAUGCAGAGGAUUGAGUCUCAUCGGCUGCAAGUGGAGAGGAGAGCGUGGGACAGGAGAAGAAGUGGAAAAAUACGUUCUUAUUUUUUUAAAGGAUAGUAUAUGCAAUAAUGUUUUAUAACUUAAAAAGUUGCACUGUACAUAUUAUUAUUAAUUUGAAAUUCACAAAUAGAACCUGUUGAUGUUGUUCCAUAAAAAUAGUUGGGAAAUAAUUUUGCCUUAAUGAAGUUAUGAUUUUUAUUAGACCAUCAAUAUUAAAGUUGCACUUUUUAUUUACAGCCCAAACAUAUUUGCUUUAACAGCAUCACAUCUUGCUUGCAGUGGUCUGUUGAGGGAGGCAGCAGAUCAACUUUGUGUUCUUGCACCAACCUUCUCAUGCCGGGCGGAUUGUCACCGGGGCUUUGAUGAUGAGAAGUGUAAGACUAUAGCGUGUCUCUGGGAGGAGCAGAGUGUGCAAUGUGGUGAGAUCUGAGAUAUUCCCCUGUGAGAAUGACGGUGAUGAUUCAACCAGGAAGUGCUCUGUGGUUCUGCAAUGGUUGAGCUCAUGACUGUGGGGCGACAGUGUGGUCAGGCAGUUCUGCUGAAGUGCAUGUCUUUAUCAGUGUCUGUGCAGAUAGCAGAAGUAGAAAUCUGCUAGAAGAAGCAAACUCUAGGUUUGUUGACGUACUUGCCUCCGUCAUUAGAUUCUAGAUACGCAGUUUGACUCAAAAGACAAGACAUGGAGGCUUUGUGCCUAUUAGUGCUUGUGUGUGUGUGUGUAAAUGGUAAAUGGUCUGUAUAUGUACAGUGCAUCUGUGUGCAGCACUUUCUGUAUCUUUAUCACAUGCCAAAACAACCCUCAGGGGUUCAGUAUCUUGCCUGCGGGCACAAGGAAUAGGAUCAAACCGCGGACUUAGUUGAUGGACAACACGCUCUACCUCCCAAGCUACAGCCCUGUGUGCAUAUACUACUCGUUUUAGGACAUUUUCCUGUAUAAACACUCACUAAGGUCAGUCCUAAUGAGGCAAAACUUAAUUUCUGUGUGCGAGUUUGUAUCACUGAAUGUGUAUUUGUUCAUGUGUUUUUUUGUGCAUGCAAGGUCCAUUUUUUAGUUUUUUGGCUGUCGUCAGACACAUAUGACAUUGAAAUGUAACAAUUAUGAGAUUAAACAUCUAAUCUAUGGUGUUUGUACAUUUAAAAUGUUGUUUUUCCCUAUCAUACGCCAAUAACAACAAUAAAUGCACAGCUAUCUCCA